GGCGUCCCAGCCCCGGAAGGGGCCGUGCCGGUGCACACGUGCGUCUCCCUUCCUCUGCCUCGCAGCGGAGGGACCCCUCCGCCCCACAACCCCCCCCCCCGGCGCAAGAUGAGGGCCUCCUGGGCGGGGCUGCGGAGGGCCCUGCAGCUGACCCUGGCCGUCGCCAAGCCCGACGCGGUGGCCCACCCGCUGGUGCUGGAGGCUGUGCAUGAAACCAUUCUCAACCACCAAUUCUUGAUCGUCCGGACAAAGGACCUUCUCUGGAGUAAGGAGGACAGUCAGAGGUUCUACCAGGAGCACUCAGGGCGUUUUUUCUACCAGAGGCUGGUGGAGUUCAUGUCCAGUGGCCCCAUGAGGGUUUAUAUCCUGGCUCACGAGGAAGCCGUCACACGCUGGAGGUCAUUGAUGGGCCCCACCAAGGUAUAUCGUGCCCUCCACACGGCCCCGGAGUCCAUCCGCGGGUCUUUGGGCCUCACCGACACUCGGAACACCGUCCAUGGCUCAGAUUCUGCAGCCUCAGCCAGCAAGGAAAUUGCCUUCUUCUUCCCAGAUUUCAGCGAAGAGGAGUGGUACCGACACGAGGAGCCACGGCUCCGUAGAGAAACAGUUGGAGCUCACGUGGCCAUCGGUUGCCACCUGAAAGACGGCUAGAUGGAGCAGGAUUAACCAGCUUGAAGUUGCUCUCGUGGAUGUCAACUGAGGCUCUGCCGUGUCCAGCUGUGGUCCUCAGGAGCUGAGGCUUCAUUACAGCGUGUGGACCAGCAGAGAGGGGCCUUUGACCCUCUUCCUAGGCCAAAGAGCAUUCAGACGUGCGUGUGCCAUGUGCAGCCUUCCCUGGGGGGCUUCACGGAAGGGCAGGGUUUCCAGGCUGGGGGGAGCAGUCUGCAUUGGAUCUCUUGAAGCGCCUGAGACCAAGGAUCACGUCCAGAAGGUGGGACUCUAACAGGGUUAGACCUUCCUCCAGCCUAGAAUGGUCUUGGGUUACUAUCUGGAAGUUGAGUCAUGGCAACUGGACUUCUAAGAAGAACCGGAAGUCCAAUUUCUAGGAUCCAACUUCCGGGCAACUUUAGGUAGAAGACUUAGAAUUUUUAUUGACUCUUAGGUUACUGGUUUCUGGGUCAGAUUUUGCCCACAUGCCAAAGAGCCCUUCUCCUUGCGGGUUUACCCACUGAACCCCUUUGGAGGUUGGGGGGGGCAGUCUUGCCCCAGGCAGCUGUAAGAGGGAUGUGCUCCCUUCCCACCUCGUGCUUAAGACCUCUGACCUCUUGCAUAACUGGCUGGGGAAUUCUGGGAGUUGAAGUCUGGGAGCCUUAGAGCCUCUGGGUUGUCCAGCCAAGGACCCCGGAAAGUCCCUUCCUUGUGAUCCUCCAAGCAUCACCUCCCUCCUUUGGAGUUUAGAGUUUGGCCUCCUUAUUUCAUACCUUUCUUGAACCCAAGAAAGUUUGCUUUCUUCCAAAAAGUGAGCAAGCCUCAAGGAAAGGCUUCCCCUGCUCCACCUCGGCCUUCCCUCCACCCAGAGCGUAAAUAUUCAUUACCAGUUUCACCCUGAAAGCCAACACAUAAAUUAGACCGUUUAUGAGUCUCUCUCCUGCCAACCAGCUGCCUUUUAGACGAGAUGGUCAAAUACAUCCUGGAAGGACGACACCCGCUCCUCCCCAGGUGUGGACAGCCAGGCCUUCCCCAGAAAUGAGAGAGGAGAUACCCGUUUUAUGGAACAAUUAGCAAGGAUUUUUUUUU